AUGGCCCAGGAGCGUCCCGCCCGGGCCCUGGACCCCGAGGACGUCCGGCGGCUGCUGCGCUGCUCGCAGGAGGCCAAGAGGUCCGCGUACUGUCCCUACAGCCACUUCCCCGUGGGGGCCGCCCUGCUCACCUGGGACGGGAAGGUCUUCUCCGGGUGCAACGUAGAAAACGCCUGCUACCCGCUGGGCAUCUGUGCUGAGCGGACCGCUAUCCAGAAGGCCAUCUCAGAAGGAUACAAGGAUUUCAGGGCAAUUGCUAUUGCCAGUGACUUGCAAGAUGAUUUCAUCUCACCGUGUGGGGCCUGCAGGCAAGUCAUGAGAGAGUUUGGCUCCAGCUGGGCUAUCUACAUGACCAAGCCGGAUGGCACCUAUGUUGUCAGGACAGUCCAGGAGCUGCUGCCUGCCUCCUUUGGGCCGGAGGACCUGCAGAAGAUCCAGUGA